CUUCUCCCCCUCCCCUGACCUAUCCUGCCGAGCGCAUUGUUUCACGACACUACAGAACAAGGACCUGCUGUACGACAUUCGUCUUUUUGGUGGUUGUCUGUCCUAAAAAGCCUUCGUACCCUGGCCUCGAUCCUUCCUUCGCAGCGCCUUCAUCGUUAAUUCUUGUCAAACUCAUCAAUUCUACCUUCGUCCGCGCCUCGGUCGGUACCUCGUGGCGCCCGUCGCCUAAAGGGUGCCAACUAGUCUACUCCAAACACACUCUCACAAUCCACCCUGGUAGCAGCUGCAGCCGCCGCUGCCGCCUACGCCGCCGCUGCUGCGAGCACAAGGCCAGCACGAUAUCAACGCGGUAGACCGCACCCCGUCAUGGGGCCCCAUAGCAGGCCCUGCACCAGUCUGCGGCACUCCCUAACCGCCCUCCCUCUCCGCCUCUCCUUUCUCCUCCUCCUCCUGCUCCCCCUCGCUUGCGCACAGCGCGUCGCGGAAAGCCAAUUACCCGCGCUCGGGGCCAUCCUGGACGCGUGGGGGCCGUACAUUCCGCUGGGCGACACGUGGUUCAAUAAGACGAGCUGCGCGCAAUGGCAAGGACUCACGUGCAACGCCAUGGGCCAAGUCACCAGCCUAAUAAUCACAGACAGCACAGGCCUUGCCGGUCAGAAGAUUCCCGACGCCAUCGCUCAGCUCUCCGCGCUUGACACUCUGAGUCUGGACCACAACCUCCUCGCGGGUGCCAUCCCGCCCACCAUCGGCUAUCUCGUCUCUCUCACCAACCUGUCGCUGAGCGGCAACUUCCUGGAGGGUUCCAUCCCGGCGGGCAUCUUUGACCUCGUCAACCUCCGAGUGCUCGACCUGAGCACCAACUCCCUCUCGGGGCCUCUUCCCGACAGCUUCGGCCAGCUCAACCUGCUCACCACGCUAGCGCUAGGAGCCAAUCAGCUGUCGGGCCCCCUUCCGCGCAGUAUUUUCUCCCUCACCAGCCUGCAGCACCUUCUGGUAGGAGGCAACAGUCUCUCUGGUACAAUCCCCGUCGCAAUCUCCAACCUCCGCUCGCUGCUCGCUCUCGACCUGAGCCGCAACUUCUUCUACGGGCGGCUGCCCAGCGUCCUCGGGUCCCUCUCCAGCCUGCUCUUCCUGGACGUGAGCAACAACCAGCUUUCCGGCGCGCCCAUCUUCUCCUUCCUCUCCCCUGGCAUGGCGGACGACGCCCAGGCCACCUACGACCUCAGCGGCAACUACUUCGUCACCCCGCCCGCCGCCUACAUGGGUGGGGACUCGGAGUUCUGCCCGGCCACGCUCAAGGGCGGGUACGGCGAGGCGAACCUGACUGUGUUCGGCGCGUCCUUCUUUGGGAGCCAGAAGGGGAACUGCUUCCUGGGGGGGUACUGGAACAAGUCCGAGAGCUUCACGGAUUCCGACUCCAAGAGCAACUGGCGCGGGUCCAAGCGCGGUGGGGGCGGCCGGUGGGCGAACCGGGUCAGCGGCGACGGGUACUGGAACUCUGGGGGCAACAGCAGCAGCGAUGCUACUGGUGCUGCCGGUGCUACUGGUGGGGGUGCAGGCAACGGUGCUGCAAGCAACGGCGGCGUGUGCCCGAUCGGUCCGCAGCGCCGGCCCAUCGAGUGCGUGUCGUUCUGCGGCGCGGCGCUCCCCACGGGCCCCUGCAACGGGCUGGGCACGUGCAUGCUGACGGGCGCGUCCAACGUACCGGCGUGCAUGUGCAACCCCGGCAUGUACAACGCCACACUCACCAUCCGCUUCGGGAAAGACCAGCAAGUCUCGUACCCCUCGUGCCUUCCGUACCCUGCGCCUGCUGCUCCCCCUCCAUUGGGAUCCUGGGACAACUCAAGCCUGCGCAAGAGAAAGUUCCGUGGAGCGCAGCUGGACCAGACAGCCCUGGUGUCCGGCUCCUACUUCAACAGCUACUUCCGCUACGCCUCCCUCGGCUUCACUGGGAACGCCACCUCCCCCAAGUGGCAGAUCACCCCAACGGUCGACUGGCGUGCGCGCGUCCCCUCCGCCCUGCAGCCCGCCAAGGACCAAGGCCUGUGCUCGGCAUGCUGGAUCUUUGCGCCGGUGGCGGCGGUGGAGGCGGUGUACGCGAUCGUGUUUGGCGCGGCGGCACCCAGCCUGGCGGAGCAGCGGGCUAUCGACUGCCAGGGCACCUGGACCUGCGCCGGGGGGCGCCCUGACGACGCCUUCAACUACAUUGCCGCCUCGGGCGGGCUGCCGUCUUCCGACUCCUACCCUUACACCGGCAUCCCGAGCUCCGACACCUGCAAGGUCCUAAGAAGGUCUUUAAUCUCCUCUGAAGACAAGAGCAGCAGCAGCAGCAGUGCCACUGACACCGCGUCGUCACUGCUGGCUGGCGGCCGCCGGCUGCGUGCCAAUUCGUGGGGCUCGAGCCUGUUCUGGGGCAAGGGGUGGAGCGGGAGCGUGAGCGGGGGCAGCUAUGAGAUGCCUGGAGAGCCGUACCCGAUUGCCAUGUUCGAGCAGGUGCAGAUCCGCGGGUGGCUGGGCAUCGCCAUUGCCGUGCAGGCCCAGCCCGUGGUGGUGUACCUGGAGGCCCGGGAGGACUCGUUCAUCAAGUUCACCGGGGGAUUCGUGUACAACGACCCUGCGUGCUUCACCACGCAAGUGGUGGACCACCUGGUGGUGGUGGUGGGCUUUAACCUGCUCGACGCCACGCCCCACUGGAUCAUCCGCAACUCCUGGGGUCCCUCGUGGGGCGAGAAUGGCUACAUGAAGAUCGCCAUUGCGGGCGGCCCGGGCAUCUGCGGAAUGAACACGCUGCCGGGGCUCUACCCCGUUCUUUCAACACCGGACCCGUGUGGGCCCAUCAACCCAUGUGGCAGCGGCACGUGCACGCCUGUGAAGUCCAGGCAGAAUGGCGGUGCGCGCAACAAGUGCACGUGCCCCUCUGGCUUCACUGCUGUCACCAACCUCGACAAGACGCAGACCUGCGCCGUCGCUAAUGUGUGCUCUUUCUCUGCGCUCAACCCCUGCGGCCACGGCACGUGCGUGGACGACGGCAAGGGCGGCUACUCGUGCCUGUGCUCGCCGGGCUACGUGCUCGGGCAGCGCACCGACACAUCACCCACCUGCAUCCCGGGCAGCGUGACAGUGAAGGUCACUCUGCAGGUGGACAUGACGUGCAACCAAGUGCGCUCCACGUUCCUCGUGUCCGACAAGGAGUUCUCCUCCCUCAACCCCGCAAUUGAGUGUCCGAGCACCAUUCCCGCGGGCACGGUGUUGGUGGUGAAGAAUGCGAGCACCACGGCGGAGGGCUGUGUGGUGCCCUACACCAUCAUCGAGGGCGAUACCUGCACGCUAGUUGCCAGCACCUUUGGCCUGUCCCUGGCCGAGCUCGCCACUGUCAACCCGGGGCUCAACUGCGACGCACUCACCACUGGACAGCAGGUGUGCAUAAAGCUGGGCGCCCCGCUGCCGCAGACGUGCCUCAAUUACUACACAGUCAACCCCGGGGAGACGUGCAACGACGUGAUGAUCAACUCGUACCCGCCUAUUUCGGCCACGCAACUGUACCAGUACAACCCCGGGCUCAUCUGCACCGCUGACGGCUCUCAACGCCUCGUGGGGCAAGAGCUAUGCAUCGACUCGGCACCGAUCGUGGGAGCGUCGUGCACGUACGGCACGUACACGGUGGUGAAGGGCGACACAUGUGGCGGCAUCAUCUGCAAGAUCUGCAAGUGCAGCAGCGCCAACUUCAACAAGUACAACUACCCCUACGUCUGCACGUCCGGCAGCCUCUACGUCGGCAGAGUGCUCUGCAAGUGCCCCCCCUAGCCGCCAACGGGUUGGAUGGAUGGCUGUGGUUGCUGGUGGUGGUGACUUAUUCAUGCUCCAUGUCGUACACUGCUCUCAACCUCGCUUCUUCUAGUGCUUUCAUCCUUCGAAUUCACUGCCUCUUCUUCAUUUACUCCCAAAGGAGGUUGUACCCUAGCGCCUGGGGCGUGCCUGUUUUCUCUCCUCGGGGAAACUAAAUUAUUUCGUUCUUUUUACAGACUUUUAACUGUAGAUGAGUUAUGGCAUUGAGUGUUGCUUUGACAUUUAUAAACCACUGUAGAUGUGGAUGCAUAGGAUUGCUUUUAAUAAAUGCAUUGUCGAGAC